AUGACAAACCAGAUUCCCUUUAGACGAAGUGAACUUGUUGUCCUGGAAUCAUUGAUAUGCAUUUUACUUCUUAUUCUGUCGUUCGUUGGCAAUGCGAUGGUCAUUACUGUAGUAUUCAAAAAGCCCCGCCUAAGCACCACAACUAGCUUGUUCAUCGCCGCUUUGGCGACAACAGAUUUAAUAAAUGCUCUCGUUCCUGGGCCACUGUUCUUGUCUUCUCUUAUCACCGGGAAGAUGCCAUACAGUUCUACAGGCUGCGCCAUCAGUGGGUUUUUCAUGCAGUUCUUGACCUUGGCUUCGGUUAGUACCAUGGACUUAAUCGCUGUCAAUCGCUACUUCUGUGUAGUAAAGCCAAACAUCUACAAAAGAAUCUUCACAAGCAAACGCUCCGCGAUCUUCCUGGCUUCGUUGUGGAUAUUUAUAGCAAUGGUUAUUUUAUUUCCGUUAAUUUUAGGUUGGGCCAGUAUGGACUUUAGUUCCCAAAUGGCCUCGUGCAGUUUGCAUUUUAACUCUUUGACCUCUGAGACUGGAUUUACCGUUUUUGUCAUGGUGUCAUUCGUAGUUACCAGUUUUGUCAUCGUGGCGCUUUCUUACUACUUUGUCUCAAAGUCUCUCCGCCAACACAGGGAUCAUUUGUCCAACAACAGUGGUUUGAGUGCACAGGAGAUCAAUCUCACGAAGACUUUCUUCGUCUUAGUUGUUUCCUUUAUCGUUCUGUGGUUGCCAACGUUUGUUGUCGUUAUUUUAUUUCGUGGUGUGCUCCGAAAAACUCUGCCUCGGCAGCUUGCCCUUGCCAUUCCGUACGGCUUGCUCGCCAACAGUGCUGUGAACCCGUGGAUUUACGGCGCUAUGAAUCCAUCUUUUCGCAAAAAGUUUUUGUCGAUAUUGAAGAGAUCAGAGGCACCAAAUCGGGUUUUACCUGCCGAAAACGCUGUAAGUUCUUAUCUGGGCAUUUCUCGAGGUGUCCCCUUGCAGAUCAUCGAAGAAUUGGAGUAA